AGAGGCAUGAAAGCACCCUUAAUAUCUUUGACUAAGUAGCCACGUUGUCAUACGUACUCUUUUCUUACUGUAUUUAAAUCUGUCUUACCAUUCUGCACAAAGGAGUUUUAAGAGUUGCAGCCCAAUUUAUCAAUGAGAGGGAGAGAGAGAAUCACUUUUUGCUAGAAUAUAGUACAAAUUCAGGAAGUCUAUAACUACCAAAAUGGUGUCUAUUUUGAAUACCGUUGACACCGGUCACGAAGACAUGAUUCACGAUGCUGAAAUGGACUAUUAUGGACUUCGACUUGCAACUUGUUCGAGCGACUACUCUGUUAAAAUAUUUGACCUGAAGAAUGGAUCUCAAAUUUUGGUAGCAGACUUAAAGGGACACAUGGGUCCCGUUUGGCAAGUUGCUUGGGCUCAUCCCAAGUUUGGAAACCUUUUGGCUUCUUGCAGUUACGAUAGGAAAGUAAUUAUAUGGAAAGAACUUGGCGAGUGGACAAAAAUCUAUGAACAUACAUGCCAUGAUUCGUCCGUGAAUUCUAUAGCUUGGGCACCUCACGAAUUUGGAUUGAUACUCGCAUGUGGUAGUUCGGAUGGAUCCAUUUCAAUAUUGACAAACAAUGGUGAUACGUGGGAUAAUAAAAAAAUAACUAACGCUCACACGAUUGGUUGUAACGCCGUUACUUGGUGUCCAGCGAUAGAGCCUGCAUUUGAUUCCACGGUCGCACAUAAAAAAAACACCCCUGUUAAGAGACUAGCUACUGGUGGUUGCGAUAAUUUAGUAAAGAUUUGGAAGGAAGAAGGGGACAGGUGGAUCGAAGAAAGCAAAUUAGAAGCGCACAGCGAUUGGGUGAGGGACGUCGCCUGGGCACCAGCAGUGGGACCGUCGAGAGCAGCUCUAGCCUCCUGUUCCCAAGAUCGUCGUGUCAUCGUUUGGACGUCAGUCGAUUACGCUAGCUGGACGCCUAAUGUCCUCAACGUUUUUGAUGACGUAAUUUGGAACGUCAGUUGGUCUUUGACGGGUGGUAUUCUGUCUGUCAGUGGUGGUGAUAACAAAGUUUCACUGUGGCGCGAGAAUUCCGAAGGACAAUGGGCUUGCAUUUCCGAACUCAAUAAAGGCCAAGGAAACCUUAACAAUGCCGAUCAGCGUGCUCUUUAGGGUAAAAAUUGGAAAUUGAAGUUUUCUUCUCUCUCUGAAAACAUUACGAAGAAGCAAGCAAAUGGGCGGGUGUUUUAAUAGUACUAAUUUCUAGAAGUCAAGAUAGUUAACCUUGAAGUGUUUUGGUCGAUAACGUUUUAAUAACUAUUAGUUAUUCAAUUAGUUAUUUAAUUAGAUUAUUUGUGUUUUGAUUUUCUUCAUAGAUAAACGUAUUAUUUUUUCCUCGUGUAUAGAAGUUCUCUCCAAAAACUAGCUCUCAACUAUCUUGACUCUUGAAAUCUAGCAUAUUUAUAUAAACAUAUAAUCAUUAUUGAGAAGUUGUGUAAUAUGGUAAAAUCGAAGACAGUAAGAAAGAUUAUUCCGAGAUACUGUAUGUAAAAAAAAUUUUUCGUAAAUGAAAGCUGAUACAUACCUUCAUUAAUGUAAAAAUCAGAAAAAAUUGUACAUUAGAACAAAAUGAAAAAAUCCUUAACAAUAAAUUCUGGCAAUUGAUGUGCAAAA